AUGGAAGAAGAGAAUAUUGCGAGUAGAGAGGAUGAAGAUGAAAAUGAAGAGGAGGAUGAGGAUAGCGAGUGCUCCUCUAGCCUGAGAGAAUUCCUAAUGCUCGAAAGGCUCUGUGAGGAGUAUAAAGAGGCGAAGCAGAGGAGGAGGGAGAGAAGAGACCAAGAGAAGGUAGAAAGGCAAUUUAAGAGGUUUAGAGGUGGCCAGUUGAGCACGAUAGAAGAAGAAGAAGAAGAAGAGGAGGAGGAGGAGGAGAAUGAGGAGGACAGUAGUGUGAGAGAAAUAGGAGAGGAAUAUGAACACCCAGAUGACUGCCAUAGAGAAGAAGGUAGAGAUGUGGCUUCCGGAGAAGGCAUCCACAUACAAGCGGAGAAGUUAAUGUCAUUAGAAGAGUUCUGUGGGGAGACUUUUACAAUCUCUCCCACCUUUAUCGAGGAUAUCACGGUGGAGAGCAGAAUCUCACAGAGGAGGCUUGAACAAGCACACGAGGAGUUUUGA